CAGAAUUUAGAACUUCAGCUACCUUAAGGAUCUCGAACUCAGCCUCGAGCCCCGCAUGCUAGCAAACUGUCUCUUCUUCAUCCGGAUCAAUACAACCUACGUGCAGAUUGUACUCCACCGUUUUCUGUUAUCCUUGAAAUUUUCACUUACCCAGAGAACCGUGACAUUCUGGGACUAUAAUGAUAUCGAGAAGAAACUGGGCUACUCUACUGCGGCGACGACGACUCCUUGACACAGGCAUAAGCUCGUCCACAAGACUACUCUCGUGUCCUGCCCGAGAAGCACGUAUUCGGGCCCUACACACCACGACUUCUAACUCAAUUCUAGAUACCUACGACGUAUGUAUUAUCGGUGGAGGACAUGCGGGCUGUGAAGCGGCGACAGGUGCCGCACGUACAGGCGCUCGAACAGUACUGCUAACCCAGCGGAUUGAGACUGUAGGCGAGCUCUCAUGCAAUCCUUCUAUUGGUGGCGUUGGAAAGGGUACACUAGUGAGGGAAGUCGAUGCUCUUGAUGGCAUUAUGGGAAGGAUCGCGGAUAAAGCUGGCAUACAGUUUCGUAUGCUCAAUGCGUCAAAGGGUGCAGCUGUUUGGGGCCCUAGAGCGCAGGUGGACCGUAAGAUCUACAAGCGUCAUAUGCAAAACAUCAUUUUUGGCUACCCUAACCUGGACGUACGUGCUGCAAGUGUAUUUGACCUUUUAUUUGACAAUAGUCCCUCCACAUCCGCAUCCUCUUCAACGUGGGGGACGGUAACGGGCGUCCGGCUAGAGACAGGAGAUGUGAUCAAAUGUUCUAAGGUCGUUAUUUGCACUGGGACAUUUCUUGGUGGUGAAAUCCAUAUUGGGAUGCGUCGUAUACCUGCGGGACGCAUCGGAGAGGUACCCUCGACAGGUCUCUCUGUAUCUCUCUGCGCGGCGGGGUUCAAACUCGGACGCCUGCAAACUGGCACACCUGCAAGGCUAGACAAGCACAGCAUUGACUUUAGUCGGAUGGAACGACAAGAUGGGGAUGAAAAACCUCAGCCGUUUUCGUUUAUUCAUAGGGAAGUAGACCAUGCUAACAAUCAGAUUCCGUGUUUUCAAACUCACACCACGUCGGAAACGCAUCGCCUCAUCAAGGAGAGUAUGCAUCUCAGCGUGCAUAUUCAGGAGACCAAGAAAGGUCCGCGAUACUGCCCCUCACUUGAAGCCAAAAUUACUCGGUUUGGACACAAGGGCAGUCAUACCAUCUGGCUCGAGCCAGAAGGAUUUGAUUCAGACCUGAUAUAUCCAAAUGGACUAUCAUGUUCGAUGCCCGAGGAGUUGCAAGAACCAAUGAUGAGAACAAUACCAGGCCUUGAAAAAGUCAAGAUGUUGCGGCCGGCAUAUGGCGUCGAGUAUGAUCAUGUCGAUCCCCGCGAGUUGACCUCGACAUUGGAGACAAAACGCAUCCAGGGUCUCUACCUCGCUGGCCAAAUAAACGGCACAACGGGUUACGAAGAAGCCGCUGCGCAAGGUUGCCUUGCAGGAAUCAACGCAGGUCUUUCAGCCCGUGGUCGUCCCUCAAUGGUGCUCACCCGAGCGGAUGGAUUCUUGGGAGUCAUGGUAGAUGAUCUAAUAGGAAAGGGAGCGGAAGAACCAUACCGGAUGUUCACUUCUCGUUCGGAAUAUCGGAUGACGCUGAGGAGUGACAACGCCGACAUGCGGCUAACUGAGAUUGGGCAUUCUGCUGGAAUUGUCUCUCCUGACAGAUGGUUAGCCUUUUUGAGUGACCGGGAUGCCAUACAGCGCGGCACUGAGCUCCUCACAAGCGUUGUGCUCAGCCCGCAGGGUUGGGGGAGAUACGGAUUUGAUAUUCGUCGAGAUGGAAUCCUGAGGAGUGCGUACGACAUGCUGAAGAUUCCCGGUGUCACCGCUGCCGAUCUCGUACGUUCCGGAGCUGUUCCAGGUCUCGAUCUUGUAGAAUCACAUAUUAGAGCACGAAUCGACAUCGAAGCAUCCUACGCUCCUCACAUCCCGCGACAGCUGGCCGAUCUUGCAUUAUUUCAUGCCGACGAGUCUAUGCUACUGGAUCCUGAUAUGAACUACACCCAAGUGCAAGGAUUGAGCGAUGAGGUGAGGGAACGCUUACAGAAGGUCAGACCCACGACUUUGGGUGCCGCCAAGCGCAUGGAAGGCAUGACUCCGACUUCAGUAAUCUACCUGCUGAAACAUGCCAGGAAGACAUGGCGGGCAGCCGAUGCACGAGAACCUACUAGUAAAGAGAAAGUUGAAGCGGUGCAUUCGGCUGAUCACCAACCUCUCUUGAAGGCUGCAACUGCAUGACCGUCUUCGCGGAGCAUUAAUACUAUCCACGGCUGGCAUCGACAUCUACAUAAUCCCCACUUAUCAUUUCGUCUUCAGUUUGCACCAGGAGAGCUCAGAUUACGUGACACGGAGGUUCGCGAUCGACGUGCGUUGCACUGCGUUUGAAAAUUCAGAAAUCGUGGGCCGUCAGUGCGAGUUGGGGUUUUGCUUGUUCCUCACGAUCGAAAUAUAGAAGACUUAGCACGCCAUGAAUGUCUCUACGUUUCAGGC